AUGAAUAUCGAACCUUUUGUCUUAUCGGUUAUUUUAAUUGUAGUACUACCAACUAUUGUAAUAUUAUCUCCCGAAUCAUUACAUUUUCCCGUCGCGUUUGUUUCAAUUUACUUUCCAACUAUUCUUUAUGUAACACUUAAAUAUGUAUACAACCUCUCGUCACGCGAUACGGAUAUAAAACGAAAUAGUGAUAGUGAUCAAACACAUGAAAAAAAUGAAGAAUAUAAUAAAGUGAUAAGACCGUACGAUGAUUUAAAUGAUAAAGAUGAAAAAUCGUACCCGGGACCAAUCGAUACUCAAAAACCUGUAACAACAAAAUUGAAAAUUCAAGAAGGAUUACUUUGUGAAAAGAAAAUUCCUAUAGAAAAUUAUGACACAUUGGUUCAAGAAAUCCAUGAUAAAAUAAUCGCACUUUCAAUUAACAGUUCAGAAUAA